UACUAACAUGUCAUAAAAAUAUCGCUUUUAUACAAAAAUUGUUAUAUCGUUCGUUCAAAGAAAGGUUAAAAUGCGCAUCGGUAUGUGGAAAUAUGUAUUUUUACUUGUUGCAGUUGCUGCAUAUUCCUUUGGAGGUGAUCUUAGUGUUUCAGAACAAGGACAGAAUUACAACUUUUUGGUAAAGAUGGUGAGAAAAGACACAAAAGAAAAAGUAGCCGUCGGUACCCUGUUAUCUCCUACCCAUGUUUUGACUUCAGCGAAGUUAUUGGUUUUAAGCCCAUCAAGGUAUGAAGCCAAUCUGAUGGCUCGUCAACGACGAAGAAAGCGGUUUAUGAUGGGUAUUUGGUUUUUAGAAAGCCUACUAGGUAACGUAAUUAGUGGCGCAAUAGAAUCAGCCAUGUCGCGCAGAGGCGAUAGCAUAAACCAUGAUCUGUUGAAUAAUGGCGAUGUUCAAAUCCUAACCAUAACAGUACCACAUAAAUCUCGCUCAGCUUUAACAUUUGUUAAACUAUUGAUACCUUCAGACAUCAGAUCAUCAAAAUCAUCAUGGCCUUCAGAGUGGCACACUGGGCGGUUCAAAUUCGCAGACAUGCCUUGUGAAAAUGCCACCGUUUUAGGAUUAAAACAAGGCGCUACAGUGGAUCUAAUUGGAGCGAAAAACUGUGCAGAACAAUUCAACAUCCAGUUAAAUGAAGGACAAUUCUGUAGUUUGAACAAGGAAAAUGUAUUUUGCGAUGCUUAUCAACAAGGCGGUCCAGUCAUGUGCGGCGAUUUUCAAGUUGGUAUCUUGAUUCCUGGACUUUACUGCAACGGAGAGCCACUUCAGUUUGCUUCCAUUGGAUAUUAUAUUAAUGGCAUCGCCAAAGCUAUGAAAUCACGAGAAGAUGAAAAACCACUACCAAAUGAUAAUUCAACAGUACCAACACCAACAACAACUGACAGCGAGGGAAUUUGCUUGGAACCCAAUGCAAAUAUUUUUGUUAUGUUUUUGAUUGUCAUAUUAUUGUAA